AUGACGCGUAAUCGCGUAUCUUCACCUCGGAAACUGAGAAGCACGUCGUAUUGCCGGCGGGAAGGAUCCGAUUUGCAGCCACGGAAAACCGAAUUCGAGCAACUCUUCCCAGUGGGUCAUAGAGACAAAUUGGGUGGGGGCCGGUCUGUGUAUGGUAACAGCAUACAAAGUUUGACUGAUUACAAAGAAGACAAACACUACCAGCCAGGAAUGAAGACAGUUACAGAGACGAUAAGUCUGAAGCCAAAUCCGUGUGUCAAUUUCCAUUUUUGUGCUCACAUUGAUCAAGCUCUCUCUGGUCUCAAAUUGUUAGUGGAUGGAAUGGGAACACAAUGA